CACGCGACGACACAAGCCUCGGACUCGUGAGGACAACAUUCGUUCUUCUCCGGAACGCGGUCCCGCAUCGCUCAAAGCAUCUGGCAUUGCUCUCUCUCGCCCGCAUCGGAAGUCGUCGAUCGAGGACGCUCGUCGCCGGAAAAGGAUGGUUCCGGGAGUCAUCACCGCCCUGACGAGCCCCCCGUUCGCGACCUCCUCCUCGAGGUCGUCGAGGUUCCGGGUCGGCGUCGAGAGGCCACCGGAGCUCCACCGCCGCCGCAGCUCAGCCGUUCCGGAGGUGCGGUGCGAGGCAAGCCCCGCGCCGCCUUUAACCGAGGAGAGAAUUGAAAGCGGUGCUUCUGUGACUGGUGGUGCGUAUGAUUUUUCCAGAGCAACAACAUCACUUACUGGGAAGAUGCUGGAUUCGUCAAAGAGGGUCACUCUUGUUAGGCAUGGUCUUAGCUCUUGGAAUGAAGAAGGCAGAGUCCAGGGAAGCUCAAAUCUUUCUGUGCUAACGGAGACAGGGGUGAAGCAAGCUGAGCGGUGCAGACAAGCCUUGUCAGAAAUGCACUUUGAUCAGUGUUUCUCAAGUCCAAUAUCCCGUGCGAAGACUACUGCGGAAGUCCUAUGGCAAGGAAGGGAAGAGCCAGUGAUUUUCCUUGAUUCACUGAAGGAGGCCCAUCUAUUCUACCUUGAAGGAAUGAAAAAUGUUGAUGCUCGGAAGAUAUAUCCAAAGGAGUAUACAACAUGGAGGGAGGAUCCAUCAAACUUUUGUGUGUAUGGUGUUUACCCUGUAAGGGAAUUGUGGGGGACAGCAAGAGAGGCUUGGAAGGAGAUCUUGUUAUCACCUGGGAAAGAUUUUCUUGUUGUGACCCACAAAUCACUGUUGAGGGCACUGAUAUGUGUAGCUCUUGGUCUAGGGCCAGAGAGGUUUCGAGCAACAGAUAUUAAUAAUGGUGGGAUUUCUGUAUUCAGCUUCAACAAAAAAGGAGAAGCGAUGCUGCAGUCAUUGAACAUGACAACCCACAUGUACCAAGAUCAUGUCUACAAAUUUUAGAAGCUCUCGAUGACCUUUCUUCUGUAUGCAAACGUCAGGAUAAAUGCAAUGGCUGGAGCAGCAAGCACUCUCAUUAAUGCAUGAGAAAGGGUUCACGAUCUCCUGAAUCCUAGCAAGAUGAACCAGGGCUUCAUCUUCUUUCUUCGAAUCUACACUUAGAUUAUGUUUGCUCUGAUAGUUGCAUUAGAGAUUAAAGCUUCACCGGUGCUGCAAUGAAGAUGCAGGGGCACUGAAAUCUUGAAGCUCGAUUUGUAUCAUCCUUCCAUGCAUUGUAUUUUAGUGUAAAAUGACGCUUUUAAGAAUCUCUCUCAUGGUCUUACAGAGGAAGUUAUAUAGAGAAAGUAGGACUAUAAUGGACCUCAUAUCAUACAGCAACUAGUACAGGUUUGUGGAACUAAAGAGUGUUAGUUCCAUCGCUAGUUUAACGAGUGAAAGGAAUUUAGAGAGCUUUCCCCCAUGGUUUGUAUGAACUACCAAAUCAAGCACUCUCCAGUAAGGUAUCUCCAAUAUGGUAAUUGCUUCACGCUC